AUGCGAUCAUGGCUGCAGGUCUUUGCACGGCGAAGAGCUGCAUUGAGCACAUCUUCUGCCUCGAUCUCAAUAUGGUCUAGAUCAAAUGCGCGGCACCUUGCGACGACUCCUUUUCGACAUGCGCCAAACACCGCGCCUCUGGGCGAUCUCGAGACACGCAUCGCUGCGAUCCCCAUCGAGCGCUAUCGGAACUUCUGUAUCGUCGCGCAUGUUGACCAUGGCAAAAGCACCCUCAGCGAUCGGUUGUUGGAGCUGACCGGUACUAUCCAAGCGGGUGCGAACAAGCAGGUCUUGGAUAAAUUGGACGUGGAAAGAGAACGUGGAAUCACUGUCAAGGCACAAACAUGUUCCAUGAUUUACAACCACAAAGGGGAAGACUAUCUAUUACAUCUGGUCGACACCCCUGGCCAUGUUGACUUCCGCGCCGAAGUGUCGCGCAGCUACGCUAGCUGCGGAGGCGCGCUUCUGCUCGUCGAUGCGAGCCAAGGUGUCCAGGCGCAGACAGUUGCAAACUUCUACUUGGCCUUCGCUCAAGGAUUGACCUUGGUGCCAAUUCUCAACAAAGUUGAUUUGCCUCACGCUGAUCCUCCUCGAGCCUUGGAACAGAUGCAUGAUACCUUUGAGCUGGAUCCAGACGCUGCCGUGCUUGUGUCUGCAAAAACUGGUCUGAACGUCGAGAGCGUCCUUCCCGCCGUGAUAGAGAGAAUCCCAGCACCGGUGGGCGACACCAAGAAGCCACUGCGGCUAUUCUUGGUCGAUUCCUGGUACUCCAGCUACAAAGGUGUCAUUCUUCUAGUCCGCAUAUUCGACGGCGAACUUCGAGCAGGAGACCAGAUUGUCUCGUUUGCAACGGGCCUGAAGUACACCGUCGGAGAAGUCGGUAUCAUGUACCCGGAUCAAACGCCUCAGAAGGUACUACGUGCCGGGCAAGUUGGCUACGUCUACUUCAACCCCUCCAUGAGAAAGAGUAGCGAAGCGAAAAUCGGUGACACGUACGCCAAGUUGGGCUUCCAGGAUCAAGUUCAACCACUGCCCGGAUUCGAGGAACCCAAGCCCAUGGUCUUCGUUGCCGCGUUCCCCGUUGACCAAGGCGAAUUCGAGCGCCUCGAAGACAGCAUAAACCAACUCCUUCUCAAUGACAGAAGUGUCACCAUCCAGAAGGAAUCCUCUCUCGCCCUCGGCGCAGGCUUUCGUCUCGGCUUCUUAGGAACCCUGCACUGCUCCGUCUUCGAAGACCGGCUUCGCCAAGAACAUGGCACCAGUAUCAUCAUCACCCCGCCCACCGUACCGUUCAAAGUCCUAUACAAAGAUGGCAAGGAAGUCGUCAUCACAAACCCUGCCGAAUUCCCUGAUAGCGAGGAAACGCGUAGGAACGUCGCUGAACUCCGUGAACCAUACGUUCUCUCGACUCUUACUUUCCCAGAAGAAUACCUCGGCAAGGUCAUGGAACUGUGCGAGACAAAUCGUGGCGAACAGAAGUCCAUGGAAUACUUUACGUCCUCGCAAGUGAUUCUCAAGUACGAGAUGCCGCUCGCUCACCUGGUGGAUGACUUCUUCGGGAAGCUGAAAUCCGCCACGAAGGGCUAUGCCACCUUGGAUUAUGAAGAGGCAGAGUGGCGGGUCAGCAAUAUCGUCAAACUCCAACUCCUUGUGAACAAGGAACCGGUCGAUGCCAUCAGCCGGGUUAUGCAUCACAGUCAAGUCCGCCACGUGGGCAAGCAAUGGGUUGAGAAAUUCAAGGAGCACGUUGAUCGCCAGAUGUUCGAAGUUGUCAUCCAAGCUGCGGUGGGCAGACAGAUCAUCGCGAGGGAGACACUGAAGCCUUUCAGAAAGGAUGUCACGCAGAAGUUGCAUGCAGCGGAUAAAACACGGCGGAUGAAGUUACUCGAGAAGCAGAAGGAGGGAAGGAAGAAAUUGAAGGCCGUGGGGAAUGUGGUUAUCGAGCACACGGCCUUUCAGGCUUUUCUGGCGAAGUAG